CGGGCCGGUCCCGGUCCCGGUGCCCGUGCUGGUGCCGGUGCCGGUGCCGGUCCCGCGGGCGGGAGGGAGGACACGCCUCCGCCCGGUGGCAGGCGAUGCUCCUCGGCAGUCCCCGGCGCGGUGCCGCCCCGCGCUCGGCGCUCCGGCAUCUCCGCUGUGACCGGCGCAUCUCGCCCAGGAGAGGAGCUGGAUGGCGUUCAGGAAAAAAAUGUGAAAAGUAGCGAUUUGAUGAUAAAAGUAGAGAGAUGCCUGGGCAUUGGAAGCUCUCUGCAGCAUGCUGAGGAGACGUAACCUUCUUACCACCCUCCUGAUUGCCUUGCCAUGGGCUCUUCUCCUAACCUUGUGGCACCAGUACCCAACCACCCACUACCUCAGCCUGCUGAGAAAAGAGACAGAUGAGAACGUGACCUCUAAAGUUCUCCUCAAUGGUACCUCUACACUGAGAGAAGAAGGCUUCCCAUCAUGCAUUCGGCAGCAGCAAAGCAUACGGGCAACACCUAAAGUCAUCCAGAAUUAUGUGUACGCCAGGCCUCCCCCAUGGUCAGACACCCUGCCCACCAUCUUUGUUAUCACCCCUACCUACACCCGGCCGGUGCAAAAAGCUGAGCUGACCCGCCUGGCCAACACCUUCCUACACGUACAGAACCUGCACUGGGUCGUGGUGGAGGACUCUCCUCGCAGGACCAACCUGGUGUCCAACCUGUUGGAGAAGGCAGGGCUCAACUUCACCCACCUCAACGUGGAGACGCCCAAGAGUCUGAAGUUGGGGCUGUCCUGGAUCCCAUCUCACACCCCACGGGGGACGCUGCAGAGGAACCUGGGGUUGCAUUGGCUGAGAGACAGCUUCAGCAACACCCCACCACCAGAAGGGGUAGUGUAUUUUGCUGAUGAUGAUAACACCUACAGCCUGGAGCUCUUUGAAGAGAUGCGCUACACAAGGAGGGUGUCGGUCUGGCCGGUGGCUUUCGUUGGGGGCUUGCGAUAUGAAUCCCCAAAAGUGAGCCCAGCAGGGAAGGUGGUGGGCUGGAAAACCGUCUUUGACCCUAACCGGCCCUUUGCUAUUGACAUGGCUGGAUUUGCUAUCAGCAUCAAGCUGAUUUUGGAGAAGCCUCAGGCCAGUUUCAAGCUGGAGGGAGUUAAAGGAGGCUACCAGGAAACCAGUCUGCUGAAGGAUCUAGUGACUAUGGAUGGGCUGGAGCCCAAAGCAGCCAACUGCACGAAGGUGUUGGUCUGGCACACAAGAACUGAGAGGCCCACUCUGGUUAACGAAGGCAAGCGUGGAUUUACAGACCCCAGAGUAGAGGUGUAAGCAGAGAGCCAGCUCCAGGCCAGGCAGCGGGCAGUGAUUGUUCCCAAGGUUUGUCAGCAACCACAACAGCUUGGCGCCCUGCCUGCUCUGCCCCACGCUCUGCUCCAUUGCUGGAGGAUAAUCAACACCCUCAAACGUUUCCACACCGAUCAGCUCCCAUUGCCCCAAAGGUGGUAAUGAGCAGGGACAGAGCUGAUGUGGUACCUACAGCUCUUCACCUUUGACUUCCCACCUGGGAGAGGAGCGCCUCCCUUCCCCUGCAGGCUCUGUUUUUAACCAGUCCUUAAAAGCUAUUUGAUGCGAUCUCCAUCCUCUGCUGUGCCAGUGAAGAGGCUGGUCCAGGAUGGAUGUGGGUGUCUCUGAAGGUUUCUCCUGGCGUAUUGCAAAACCUGAGCAGCAGUGGUUCAAGAACAGGAGUUGCUGCAAAAGCACAAAUGUGGACUUGUUGGCCUGAGGCUGGUGUGCUCUCAAAACAGCUUUAACAAAAACAUCUAGCCCGAGAGAGGCUCUCCCUCUGAAGGAGGCACUUGGAUACCUACAUGGAUCAGCCUUCAGAGUUGGAGAGGGAGCUCUGCUGAAGCGACUCACGUGGGGUUUGGGAGUUCAGAAGGGAUCUGGUAUGAACGCCUCAACCGAGAACUUGAACUGCUCUCGCUCUAAGGUUGUUGUGGAAAAUGCCAUCCCAGAGCCCCAGACCCAGAGCCCUCUGGAUAAAAUUCCUCUCCCACUCGGGGAGACCUGGCAGGUACUGUACCUCAAAGGCCAUGCCUCUGUGUCUCACUGCAGAGACCAGAAAGCAGGGGCAAAAAUGGGUGGACUUGAAGGUGUUGUUCCUAGCCUGGAACCUUGCUGCUGCACCAUCAGGCACUUCAGUAGCCUAGAGACUUGCUUCCUAGUCCUCCAGAGAGGAAGACAUCUCUCUAAGGUGGAAGUGGGUGAGAAGUGCUCAGAGAAGCAGUCUGCACUCAUCUCCUUUGAGUGAAACAUCGAGGAAUGUGGAGAGACAUCAUCGAGGAAAACAUAUCUUGAGCACAUAGAUGACAACUGAAAUAGAAAAUGGGACAAGGUUUUCCAGUGGAACUUUGAAAGGCAUGUGUGGCACUGUGAAGAGAGAGUGUCAUGCAGAAGGGUUUCCCUUUCCCUCGAUAAAACAGGAAGACAGCCAGGUGGAAGCCAGCCCACAAAGUUGGAGGUGGCAAAUGAGAAGCGAAGGAAGAACGCACUGAAUUAAAAGCACAAGUGUUGGUACUAUGUGUGUGCGUGGGGAGUGGUGUCGCUGUGACUUUUCCAGGAAGACUCCUCAAAUGACCCAGAAACCCCUCUGAGUGUAUCUUAAACACCAUCUUCACUCGGGCCAUGAGAAACAAGGCUUUAGGUAUUCAAAACACAUCCAAGAUUUCAUAGCUGGGGGAAAGUUAUGAGCAAUUGAAUCAUUCCCCCGCCCAAGAAAUUCUGGGCUGGCAGGAAACUUAUUUAUUUGUUGAUUUAUUUAUACUAGAAUUCUUCUCUGCCUAUUCCUUGUUUAGUUUUAGUUUUUAGCUUGGAUCACCUGACAUGUUCAUGAAGAAAGAAUAUUUCUCCCCUCUCCCGAGAACAGUACAGCUUGGUGUUCGCUGAUGAAUGUCGUAUGUUAUGUUCUCCCUGGGGUUUCUCUACAACAGUGUCUUAAACUGGCAAAAUAAUCAGAAACACAGCGAGGGGGGUGUGGGAAUACAGCAAAGAGAAUUAUAGUUCCUUUAUGCAAGAAACAUGGGUGGCACUAGGUUUCUGGCUCUCAAGCAAUCACAGCGAGGUAAAAACACGUGCAAAGGAGUACCUCACUCAGCAGAUAGUUUGCCUGGGAUCUUAGGAAGCCUUCAUACCUGAGGGGUAUCUGAGAGGGUGACAUUGAUCUGUGUUUCCUCAAAUAGGGAAUGAGCCGACAAACAUCCUGCUAUAGGAGAGGGGCUGAAGUACAGGAGGGGGGGAAAAGCGCCUCCUAUCAGAAGGGGAGGCAAGAGAAAUCAAAGAAUACGCAGCAAAUAGAGAAAUGGAGACUAUGUUAAGUGAGGCUUAGGGUGUUUCUGGGUGAACACACUCAGCACUGCAAGGUCAGCCUGCCAGCCAUCUCAGCAAAAAGAGAUACUGAAUGAACUGUGAAAACCAUGUCUUCUCUGGGCCCCAGAAAGGUCCUUACAGAGCAAGGGCCUGGCAUAGUAUAGCACUGGAGAGCAUGAAGGAAACCCGGCAUCCACACGACACUUUUCUUUCUUUGUCAGAGCUUUGUGUCCUGUGCUUUGUAGGAGGUAACAGCCUUGUUCUCCAGCAGGCUUUGCCAACCCAUCCUGCCACCAGGCACGUGAGCUCAAUGCUUUCACAUAGUAUUAAACCAAGAUUAAGACCCCUUCUUUGUGGUUUUGAUGAAUGAGUGAGAGCAAGGGAAUAAAGGAGUCUAUUUAUGAUCCUCCAUUUUCUCCUCCGAGAUGGGCAGAGUUUCUGCUCGUAUGAACAGGAGGGGAUAUGGUGAUGAGUCCUUUGGCCUUUAAUCUCAUGCAAGUCCCACAUAGGGUUUUGGUACUGAUGGUGGGUGUUUUUAGGAAGGACACAAAGAAUACCCACCCUUUAGAUGUUUUUAGUGAGCUGUUCCCUCUGUAUCCCUAUAAGAAAGCAAAAUUAUCAUUCUUAUUUUUUCCCACUGGGGACCUGGAUUCCAGUGAUCUGCACUACACUGUCAGUUCAGUGCCAGACAGAGUCUGCUCUCAAGACCAGCCCUAUCGUACCAUCUCCAUUCUUUCCCCAGUAUGCUCCUGCGGGGGGGAAUUUCUGUGAUAAAUUGUGUUAAGACCAAGACCACGUAUGGACAGUGUGGAUGUACAAAGAUAAUGUUCGAGGCUAGCAGACAUUUGGACCUGUUCACCAUGAAUACUCUUUUCUUUGUAGAGUAGCCCAGGGAUAGCAGGGACUGCUGCUGACCUAGGUGUAGCAGCUAAGGGUAAAUGAGUAACAGAGAGCACAAGGUAAGCUGGUUGUUUGUUUGCAGAGCUGGGUGGGAGAGUCCCAGAGCAGAGCGAUGGGCAGAAUGACAGGCUUCAGGGAAUGCCAUAAGGAGGGGAGCUGCAGGUCAAGCCUGAAGAAUUUAAAGAAGAGAAGGCAUCCCAGCACCUGGUUUCUACUAGCAUAUUAGUAUCUGAUAGUCAUGUUCUCUGAGAUUCAUCCAAUUCACCAACCAAUGAAUAUUACUAACAUUUCCUUGUUGCAGGAAAUACUAUCAACAAGAGAAUGUCAAGGAAGUACUUUUUAAUGGCUAUUUAUUUAUAUUGAAUGGUACU